AUGAUUGAGAAUAAGGUUGAACUGGUAGCAGAACUAGUGUUGGAGUCCAUCGGUAAAACUGAGGUGGUGUCACGCCAUACAGAGGGAACCAAAUCAUGCCAAGUGAGUUUUCGCAUUAAAGAUUCUCCCAGUGAGAAGGGUUCAACAUCGUUUCUCUCUGAGCUAGUGGUGAUUCAGACUCUGGAUGACAAUGACAAGUAUACUGUUGUUAUUCGUCAUGGUACGUCGAUCACCAUGGCAUGUGUGGUGGGUUACAGCGAUUUUAAAUUGCCCACAGAAUUGAAAUGGCCACUAGAAAGAGAAAGCUUACCUGUGGAGCCAGACCUGAAACCUAUAAUGACACAACUUAAAAGACAAACUGCAGGUAGUGCGGACAUGCCAAAAUUUGACGAUGAGUACCAGGCACAAGCAAGACAAAACCAGGGAACAGCACCGUUGAACCCAUAUCCCGGACUUACGGUAACUGAACCGAGCUUCGCUAACCCAGCAGGAGGGUAUGCGGAUGGUGAUCUGUAUCCUGUUGGCACAAGCCAUCCGGAUUGGUCUGGAGGGCUUCCCAAUCCUCUGGGGAAUCCAAGUAGCCAAGGCGGUAUGAUUUUCGAUCCAAAUAGAAGACCUGCCCCAAGACGGGAAGAUAUGCCGCCAGGAUGGAUGCCUGGAUCCAAGUACGACGAACCAUUUGGUCCUGGAUCUGGCGGAUUUGGAGGUUCAGGAUCCGGCGGAUUUGGAGGGUCAGGAUCUGGCUUUAUUUAA